AGAAUUUCUCAUGAAUGUAUAUUCAUUAUGUCCAAAUAUACUACUACUGUAUUUUUGAAUAAUGCAUAAACGAAGCAUUAGUAGAAAUCUAAUUAGUAAUGUAUUUUAUUCAACAGGCGUGUAGAUUGGAGUACUAAAAGAGGUCGCUGCUGUGUAACGAUGCUAUUUUUUAUUCCAUAGUUUUUAUAACAUUGAUUAUAAAUCGUUAUAUUUGGUCACUGGAUUAAAUGCAUAUCUACUGCUGCAGGACAUUUUGGACCAAAACGAGGCGAAUUUCAUGGUGUAAAUUUUGGAGUACAUCGAUUCUGCGUAGACCAAGUGCGGGGUCCAAAGGUGAACGCAGGAUGUCCUCUCCCUCCUCCAAUCCCAUCGCAGCGUUGUGUCAGGUGACCUCCACCCCGGACAAGGAGGCCAACUUCUCUUCUUGUCAGCGAUUGGUGGAGCAGGCGCGGGAGGGCGGGGCUUGCAUGGCGUUCCUUCCUGAAGGGUUUGAUUUCAUUGGCUCGAGCCGUGAGGAAACUCUGCAGCUGUCUGAGACUUUGGAAGGGGAAACAAUUCAACGUUACACGCGGCUCGCCAGGCAGUCAGGGGUUUGGCUGUCUCUGGGGGGGUUUCACGAGCGGGGACCGGACUGGGAGAGUGAUCGCAGGAUCUACAACAGUCAUGUGAUCAUCAACGACCAGGGGUGCAUUGUGUCGGUGUACAGGAAGUGCCACCUGUUUGACGUGGAGCUGACAGGAAGGGGCGUGUCCCUGAAGGAGAGUGCGUUCACCAUUCCGGGACCCCAAAUCGUCCCGCCUGUCCCAACCCCCAUAGGCAAGGUGGGCCUGGCUGUCUGCUAUGACCUACGAUUCCCUGAGCUCUCAUUGGCUCUCAUGCGGCAGGGGGCGGAGAUACUGACCUAUCCCUCAGCAUUCACCGUGGCAACAGGAGCCGCCCACUGGGAGGUUCUGCUGCGAGCUCGUGCUAUUGAGACCCAGUGCUUCGUCAUCGCUGCUGCCCAAGUGGGACGACAUCACCAGAGCCGCGCCUCCUUCGGCCACGCCCUCCUGGUGGACCCCUGGGGCGAGGUGAUUGGUCGGUGCGGUGGGGAGGAGCCGGGGCUGGCACUGGCUGAGAUUGACAUGGAGAAGCUGAAGCGAGUGAGGAGAGACAUGCCUGUUCAAACGCACAGACGAGAGGCUCAGCUAUACCAGGGUCACACCAGCACACACUAGAACCAGAGCCCCAGACCACCCCUCCUUCCACUGCCUCCUCAACACCUGCCUGCUUAGACAGCUCAAACCAUUCCAAAUGUUUAUUACAAGCGUUACAAUGUGAAACGGGGUUUCCAAAACACAGUAAAACCUGUCUAAUCUAAUCCUGCCCCUCUACAAACCGGUAGUGUGCAUAACUCAGCAGCAUUUUCAGGUCCUGAUCAAAUCACUACUGAAGUGAACCCUCUGCAAUCCGGAGCCUGUCUGUUCUGGAAUCUGGCAUGGUUUUGUAGAUUUUAUCUGAUUAAAAUCAAUGUAAACCUGAGUCACACGCGUUUUCUUUUCCAUCUUUCUGUGUUGCAUAAAUACACACGUGUCCCGAGGGUAUGGUACCU